AUGUCGAGGGUAAAUUCAAGAAAGUACCUUGAAAAAUGGGAAGCGGAUUAUCCUUGGCUUAAAAAAAGCUCUGAUGGUACUGAAUCAGCAUUCUGUACCCUUUGUCGUGUGACUAUACAACCACGGAAAUCGUCUGUAGAACAGCACAGUGGUACCGUCUAUAGAACAGCACAGUGGUUUAGACAUGCUUCAAGAGAAAAGCAUCUUAACACAAAAAGCCAGAUUACGUUUCCUUUAGUAUCAAAGAAAGCAGACUGUGAAGCAGAUAUUCAUCUUGCUCUUUGCGUGUGUUGUCAUGCACCCAUUUCAACAAUAAAUCACCUUGGAGAAAUCAUUUCUCUUUAUGGAAAAAAUAGUCCCCUUGAAAACCUUCGUCUGCAUCGAACCAAAUGUACCCAAAUUAUUAAAAAUGUAAUUUCUUCAUCAAUUGAAUCAGAAAUUUCUGAAUCAAUGGCAGAUAAACCUUUUUCCAUCCUGAUUGAUGAAUCAACUGAUGUUUCUUUGACAAAACAUCUUUGCAUUUGUGCUCGAUACUAUUCAGAUGAACAGAAAUCAGUUAUCGAUGACUUUCUUGGUUUAGCUGCUGUGAUAUUAACCACUGGUGCAGAUCUUUUUGCUGUUUUGGAAACAAAGUUGACGUCUGUUGAAUUGUCUUUAAAAAACUGCAUUGGGUAUAGCUCAGACGGAGCUUCAAAUGUCAUUGGAUUUCACAAUUCGGUUUGGUCUCGUGUUCGGGCAGUCUCUCCUAAUUGUAUUUUAAUGCGCUGUACAUGCCACUCCUUGAACCUCAUUGUUCAACAUUCCUUUGAAUUAAUGCCAUCAAGUGUUGGCUUUCUGCUCAGUGAAAUUCCUUCAUUUUUUUCAAAAAGUUCCAUUCGACGAGAAGAGUUUAAAGUACUUUUUCAGACAAUGGAUCCAAGCAAUGAAAGGAUGGGAACUCCAUCACCAUUUCAAAAGUAUUCAGCUACUCGAUGGCUCGUCAGAGGGAAAUGUCUUUACAAUUUGAUGGUGAAUUGGUACGAAUUAAAAGCCUAUUUCUUAUGUACUGAAGCUCAAGCUCCUGCUUGCAUUAGGUAUAGAGUUACAACAAUUAACAACAUGUUCAAAGAUGAAACUCUCUAUCUUUAUGUCGUCUUUUUGACACCAAUUGUUCAAGAAUUUGAGCGUUUGAAUGCUCUUUUUCAAAGCACUAAUGUGGAUCCUGAGAAGCUAGUUUCAGAGCUAAACCUACACUACAAAAGUCUACAACAGCGUGUUCUUGACAACCAAGGAGUUCAACUGCCUCUAAAACGUGUUGACUUUGGGGCAAAGUUUUUAUCAAAUUGCCAAAAAUAUAUUGAUACUUAUCCUCAAACCCAAAAAGAAAUAGCCAGAAAAAACAUUGAAAGUGUUCUAACACGUUGUCUUCAAUUUCUUUUGCGUCUUUUGAAAGAGCUUGAUCAACGUCUACCUGAAAACAAAGAAAUUUUUCAAGGUCUAUCUUAUCUCUCACCAUCAAAGGUUCUGCAUCAAAGUUCUAAAAUGCCAUUCACUCAUCUGCCUUUAAGGCAUAUUAUGAAGGAUAAAGCGCAAAACAUUGAAGAUCAGUACAGAAAAGUAAGUUUGGUUGACUGGUCUUCUACGGAGCUGUUUGAAAAUUCUUGUAUAGCAAAAGAUACAACUGAGUUCUGGACUGCAGUUCGCCACUACAAAAAUACAUCAGGAGAUGCAGCAUUUAAGGAACUAGCAGACUAUUGCCUAACUUGUCUUGUUUUCCCUAUAUCAAACGCUUUUGUGGAACGUAUUUUUUCUCAGGUCACCUUAAACAAACCAAGAAACAGAAUGUCAGACAAAUUGCUCAGCAGUGUAGUGCGAGUAAAAGCCUACCUUGCUAGCCGCAACAAAUGUUGUAAAGACUUUAAAAUCAGUGACAAAAUGUUAACUAAAUUGGGAACGGACAUGUAUUCUGACGAUGAUGAAUUAGUCGAAGAUGAUCUCACUCUAAUUGAUGAUUUAAACUAA